CAAGCAGAGCUCGGUGUCAAAGCACGGUGCGCGGAUCGAGGAACACUUCAGAGAGAGAAUUAUCACAUAUGGUGCAUUUCUCCGUGGACUUUCUGCACAACAAUCACUGUUUGAGUUAUCAGAGUAAAGCAGUCUACGAGGACAAACAAACAAACAUGUGCAACACAGAGGAGAGUUGUGCCGUGCUUGGCUCGAGGCAGCGGGCUCCAGGGCCUCUGUGGUGCUCCGAUGCCCCUCUCCCACUAACGAAGAUCCCGGGUGGGCGAGGGACGGGCAGGGAUCUCCCUCACAGCGUACUUCACAAAGACGACAAGCUGACAGUGACUCAGGCGGGAUCAGCGAGCGGAGCGCCCCCAGUCCUGCACUUCCAGUACCAGUUGAGCGAGCGUCGAAUCUCCAGCUGGGACACGGUUCUUUCAGACGAUGCCCUCUACCUAGAAAUCCCCGCUGGAGCUCUCCACAAUGGCAGCAAAGAAGGUUUCACCAGGCUUCUGGAGUUUGCAGAGGAGCAGUUGAAAGUCAGCUAUGUGUUCCUGUGGCUUCACAAAAACAGAGACGAUCGAUUGUCCAUCAUGAAGACCUUCCACUACAUGGGUUUUGAAGUGGUGAAACCGGGUCACCCGCUGGUGCCAGCCCGGCCCGAUCUUCUCUUCAUGGUCUAUUCCAUAGACAGCAGUAGUUCUGAUGAAGAGUGACUCUCCCUCACUCUUAAAAUGCCCCCCACCCCUCUUGCUCCCCCGUCUCUGUUCCCACUUUAUACCUCUGCAUCAAAGUGACUUUUAGGACAGGGGAAGGGGCGAAGCUGGGCCAUCUAACACUCACACCAAUCUACUCUGAUUGGUCGUUCCAUCAGUAGGAGGUGGCUUGGUGCUAAAGCAGAAAUCCUCUCUGUUAAUCAUCGCAUAUCAAACUGUCUAUACUGUUGUGUACUCUUAUCUAUGGAACAUUCAGAUACAGAUCGCAGACAUGGUAGUGAUCCUUUUUUACAGAAGGGAAUGCAUUUGUAUUUGAUUGUAAACUGUUUCCAGUGGCUGAUGGUGGUGAAAUCAGGAAUUCAUUUGUUUAUUCCAGUUGACAACUGUAACUUUCACUAGGAAGCAAGCCGAAAAGCUCUCGGUAGCUCGGACUCGACUUCAACAGCACAAUUAGAUCUUAAAACACUCGCUAGGAUUUAUGCUGCGUUCCAUACAACUUAGAAUUUUAGAAUUUUCACCUUCGUACUUAGAGUUGGACUUUUAGCUUGGAAAAUUCUAUGGAGAUUGUGACAUCACAGAUGGCACCUGACCUGAGAGGUGCAGAGACAAUGCUAAACAUUCACUUUGACGCAAAUAAAACGCAUCGAUGAGUCCAUUUCCGAAUAAUAAAACCAAGAAACGUUGCAGUGACGUGGAAAACAUAUUAAAUUACCCUCACUGUUGAUGAUCGCGCAUCUAUGAAAGCUAGCAUUGCAUAUUACCGUUUUGUUUUUAUGGCAUCAGAAUGUCUCUAUUUUUGAACGUCAAAGAUAUUACGAACGAAAAAUAUUCCAGACCCCAACAAUGCACUUGAGUGUGAGUUUAGGUUGGUUUAGAUGACAUUUUUCUCAGUCUGGUUUUGAGGUUUGCUUUUCACAGAGUGGAAGUUGUUCAAUCAGGUCUGUCGCUUUUAUUUCUUUUAAAAUGAAGCCAUACCUGAAAACUUCUAGACGCAUGAGCAUGUUUGUGAUGAAAUCAUUCUAGUUUUAAGGUCCUCAUUUUUAUUUAGGGAGAUGCAUAGACCAGAGGUCUUCUACAUGAGUCUUACCACAUAGUCUAUCACACACCUUUUGUCUUUACCAUCCCAAACCCACAGGAUCAAGAGAGCAACCCCACCCUCUGCCCCUCAGGGGCUUUACACAAGCACUUUAGGAAAACACAAGCAAUUCAGCCCACGGUGCAUUGCACAUCCAUUACAGGGAGAUGUACUCUGAGCCGUCAAGGUGUCUUGCAGUGUUUAGUGAACUUGACAUACUUGCCAAAGAUAAUGGUCUCCAUUCAAAUUUUUCUUCAUAUAAGACUGGUGAACCUACCAUAGCAGCACCUUUUAGAUUGCAGGCCUAGUCAGGUAAAACAUGCAAAAACAUUCCCUGGAGCGGAAGCCUCUGUUUCUUUGAUUUUUGGUCAUCUCUGUGGAAAUCUGGUGCAAUGAAUUCAGUUCUGUAUACUUCUCAGCAGGGUGGCCUUUAGGUUUUGCAUGUGUAAAUAGACCUUACCUUUCCUCAUGGGCUGUGACAAUAAGCUUUUAGAGAAUGUUUUUUUUUUUUUUUUGUUCAUCCACUUAAAUUUUAUUUGUUAUCGAUAUGAUUUUAUUUUGUCUAUUUUGAUUGAUUUGUUUUUGUAGUGUAGAAAUUAGAGUAAAUCAGAUAUCAUUUAUUGAUCAUCUACACUUGUAUACCUUGAACUUUUUCCUUAUGUCCAAAUAAAACAUGUGACAAACUUAAA